AUGCCAGUCAACGGCGAUGUGCAGGCUCAUGGCGAGGGCCAAGCUCAGGGCAGCGCCAGUGGCCAUCAAACCUCAUAUGAGUACAACUUUCUCAAGCGCAAAUAUGAGACGCAAGUGGAGCUAGCGGCGCCACUGCAAGAGCACUACGAGCCGAACCAGGCGCAUCUGCAUCUAAAUCCCUGGAAGAAGCGCCACUUGGACUACGAUGGCGAUAUGUGUUUUCAGCUGCAGCUGGACACGGGCACAGCGGCGUCCACAGUGGGCGCCACCACAACAGUUGGCGCUGCCUUUAUCAACGAUCUAUUUGCCUACGACAGCAGCCUGCUGGUGCCGGCGGCCUCCUACUGUGCCCCGCCAGCGGCAGCAACCAGCACAGCGCCCAUGGAGGCGGACACCGUGGGCUGGCAGCCAGGCGAGCUGCUCGAGCUCGAUCAUCGCUACAAUUCAGCGCUGCAAACGGAGCUGCAGCAACUGAAUGCCACAUUGCCGCCGCCACAGCAGCAGCAGCAGCAGCAGCAACAACAACAACAACAGCAGCAGCAACAAUUGUCGCUGUCCAGCAGCAAUUUCUUGAUGCCCAUUGCUCAGAAGCCGCUGCCGCGUCAGAUUGCUGCGGGCCGACGCACUUCGCCCGCCAACAGCCACGAGUCCGAGCCAGACUUUGAGGAUAAGAAUCUAUCUUGGCUGCUCAACUUCAAGUUCGAUGAGUUUCCGCAUCUGUCGCCCGAUGUUGGCAGCAGCGCUGCUCGCCACAGCAAUGCUGGCAAUUGUGCUGGCUUAGAGGCGGCCACGCCCACAGCUGCUGCCAGCAUGAACAGCUCAUCGCCCUGUCACGCUGCCUCGCCCGCUUCCGUCUCUGCCUCCGCAUCCAAUUCGAAUCAUUCGCUCAACUCCGCUCAGAGUCAGAGCCAGAGCACGCUGCUGGAGCCGCGCAGCUCGCCCAAGAGUUGCAACAGCCACGCCCAGGCAACAACAGCAACUGCCACAACGCCCACUAAAGCGGGUCGCAAGUUCGAGGAGCUAGUCAUGGAGGUCACAUCCGAGAUGGAUGGCAGCGAUAUGAUUGUUGCCGAGCACGUUGUCGUCGAGGACACCAAAUCCAAGGCGCCAAAGAAACCACCGUUCACAUACACUGAGCUCAUCGAAUACGCCCUGGAGGACAAGGGUGAGCUAACGGUGUCGGGCAUAUACCAAUGGAUAUCCGAUCGCUUUCCAUAUUACAAAUCAAACGAUGACCGCUGGAAGAACUCGGUGCGACAUAAUCUAUCCAUUAAUCCACAUUUUCGCAAGGGCGUGAAGGCACCCCAAGGCGCCGGACACUUGUGGGCCAUAUCGAGCGGAGAUUCAGCCGAAAAUGUGCUCGCCUGGGAACAUAAAAAGCAGCGCUUGGAUUUGUUCUUCAAAAUGGAGUCAAUUAAUCGUGAGCGCAUACAGCAGCAUCAGCAGCAAAUGCAGCAGCAGCAGCAGCAACAGCAGCAGCAACAGCAACAACAACAGCAGCAGCAACAGCUUUGUAGCUCACCGCAGCAGCAGCAGCAACAAGCAGUUUAUGAUGAAGCUGCUGCUGCUGCAGCUGCACUUACGCAGGAAAUGUUGCAACAAGCAGCGCAUGAUGUGACAACAAGCACAACACAAUCCCAGCAACAUCAGCAGCAGCAGCAACAGCAGCAGCAACGCUUGCUGCCCUUUAGCGAUCUGUUAAGCGAUGAGGAGCUACGCAAGACAGCUGGACAAAUACUCAAUGGCAUACAUCGUGAGGUGGAGGUGCAGUCGGUCAACUCCAUUAUCAGCACCUAUCAGGAUGUGCUGCUUGACAAUGACUAUCUCAAUCCUAUACACAAGGACGUGGUGGUAACGGAAAGUGGCCUGCGGCAACAACAGCACAGCAGUGGGAGCAGCAGCAGCCACUUGGGCAGCAGCUUGAGCCACUCGCAGUACUACAUAACCGAAAUCGAUCCCAUGGAGCUGGGCAUACAGAUGUCGCAUCAGGUGGAGCCGUCCGAGGAGGAAGUGCUCUUCAGCGAUGACUUCAAUCUCAACUAUUUUGGCUAUAAUCCCGGCAGCGAUAUUGUCGCUUGACCAAUGCGCUCCAAGCCGCCAGCGCCAGCGCACGAUGCAGCUGCUGCGCCCCCAGCGUACUCAUAAGCCAAUAACUAA